GGGUGGGCAGAGCGGGUAAGAGUAGGUAGGCGGAUUUGUGGCGGCAGGUAGUCUAAUGGUUAGAGCUAGGCUACCUCGAAUCCCUGAGCUGACAAGGUAAAAAUCUGUCGCUCUGCCCCUGAACAAGGCAGUUAACCCACUGUUCCCUGGUAGGCCGUCAUUGUAAAUAAGAAUUUGUUCUUAACUGACUUGCCUAGUUAAAUAAAGGUUAAAUAAAUAAAAACAUUGUUUUAAGGGUAACAGGUGUGAGUGGAGGUUAGGGGUUCAAGUGAAAGGACCAGCAUAUGAAAAGGACUAAAUGGAGAAAAAAUAACUUUUACAUAAUAGAGAAAAAAUGGGAGGGAUGGAGAAAGUGACUAAAACGAGGGAGUGACAGAGAAAGAGGGAGGGAGAGAACAGAGAGAAAGCCAGACAAGUCUUCAUGCCCUCUUUCUUUCAUUCACUCACCCACUCCGUCCCAGCGAGAGAGACCCGGUGACUCCGAGACAGAGAGAGAGACCUGGUGACUCCGAGACAGAGUCCAACUGACAGACUAAGGAUGUUGGGCCUCCUCCUGUGUGUGAGUUCCCUCCUCCUCCCCCUCCUCCCCCCCUCCCUCGCCCAGGGAUCAGGGCCGAGGGUGCGCCUGGCAGGUGAGAGGCGGGGCCCCAACGAGGGUCGCGUAGAGGUGUUCUAUAACGGGGCGUGGGGGACGGUGUGUGAUGACGAGGUGGAUAUUAACCUUGCCAACGUGGUGUGUCGAGAGCUGGGCUUCUCACGCAGUCUCACCUGGGCUCACAGCUCUAAGUUUGGAGAAGGACAAGGUCUGAUCUGGUUGGAUAACGUGAACUGCAUGGGGACGGAACUCUCCCUGUCUGACUGUCACUCCAACGGCUGGGGGAUAAAUGACUGCACCCACUCUGAGGACCUGGGGGUCGUCUGUAGCACCCAGAGGAGGGUCGACUACUCCCCUAACCAGGUAGAGGGCUCCCCCGCAUCCCUGUCCGUCCCAGUGGCCUCGGCCCGACCACAGAGGAUCCCCAACCUCUCCACGCCGCCACGUCUAUCCACAGUCCAAGACAGGGUGGCCCCACCUCCCCCUGCUCACAUCACAUCCCCCGGGAGAAGGGGUCAUGAGAUCGCCCUCCACCGCAGCACCCCCAGAGGUCAGGGUCAAAGUUCACGGCAACAGCGUCGGGGUCAUGAUAUCCACUUGCGUACCCGGAACGGCCAGAGUCAGGCGGGAGGGGAGGCCAGGACGAGACAGGAGAACCCGGCCGUGCCCCAGGGGCAUCAGAUCCCCCCCCGGCUGGGGAAUGGUGCAGCCUACAGGCAGGCCCAGGAGGUGGUGCGGACCGGACCACAGGCGGCCAGAUGGGAGGCAGAGAUCACCAGGCAGCCCAGUGGGAACCAUGUUGAACCAGACAUCACAGACGGACAGACGGCCAGUAGGGUGAGGCUGGAGGAGGUACGUCUCCGGCCCGUUCUGACAGGUGUCCGCACCGGCCUGCUGUCAGAGGGCGUUUUAGAAGUGAAGCAUGCUGGGAGGUGGCGUCAUGUGUGCGACCAGGGCUGGGACCUCAGCAGCAGCCGUGUGGUGUGUGGCAUGCUGGGAUACCCCUCCGCCGAGGCAUACGACCACACCGUCUACAGGAAACUAUGGGACACCAAGUUGGCAGAUCCCUCUUCAAGACUAGCAGGUCUGUCCAGUAAAAAGGGUUACUGGGUAGAGCAGGUCAAGUGUUUGGGUACGGAGCCUGUUCUCUCCCAGUGCCACUCCCAGCUCUCCCUGCCCAGGAACCAGGUCACCUGUCAGGGGGGCAUGCACGCCGUGGUGCGUUGUGUACCUGGACACCAGUUCACACGCCUCUCCUCGGGGAGACCGCCCGCUCCCCCCGCUGUCCAG